AUGAUAUUUCUAGGAGUUGCUCAGCGUGUGCUAUUAUUAGCAGCAUUGAUCAGAUCAUCUUUACAGCAAGAUCAGGGAGAUCUCGGCGACAGAAACAACUCAACGCUAUCCUCGACAAGCCCAGGAAGUUCCUCGAGCUCAUUUGCUCUGUCAUCGAGCUCGUCAUCAACAAGCGAUGCAAGUUCCACUACUCUGAGCAGUUUGAACUCUCUAUCCUCAUCCUCACGCUCGACAAUAUCGCCUUCAAGUGAGUUGUCAUCGAGUUCUACUUUAUCAUCAUCGUCAUCAUCAUCAUCAUCAUCCUCGAGCUCGACGUUUACUAUAUCGCCAUCCUUCUCCUCAGAAGCUUCAUCUUCAUGGAGUUCAUGGGUUACUUCAUCGUCCUGGACAAGUGCAGUCGAGACCACUUUCACCUCCAUCUCUAAUACCUCAAGGUCCACUUCGCAAUCAAGCACACUUACAGAUAGCAGUACUUCCAGCAGCUCAACUUCAAGCAGCAGUUCGUCCAGUAGCUCAUCGUCGCCAUCCUCAGUAAGUUCGUCGUCGUCGUCGUCGUCCUCAGAAGACCCAUCAUCAUCUACUACGUCUGAUACGUCUAUUACACCUGCUCCCUCAAGUUCCCGAGCACAAACGUACACCAGAGUAGUUAGUGGAGAAACUAUCUUGUCAAAUUAUUACACCACGAUAACGUAUUCGGCAAGCGCCACUUCUGAUUCUAAAUCAUCAAGCAGUUCUGGACUAUCGAAGAAAAAUCGUAACAUUGUAAUUGGUUGUGUCGUUGGUAUCGGGGUUCCCUUACUGUUGGCUAUCGCCGCAGUGAUAUAUUUCUAUUGCGUUAGAUCCACAGAAACUAAUUUCAUCAACUCUGAUGGUCAGGUAGUCACGGCUUACAGUCCAAAUAUUCUAACCAGAUGGUGGUAUGCUCUCAUUGGCAAAGACAUCAGCAGCAGGUAUGGCGGAGACUCUCCCUUAGGAGGAACAACCGAUAUUGAUGCAGAGCUGUCUGGUGGUGAUCAUAGUGGUGAUGUUAGCAGAAGACCCACUGAUGGCAGGGGCUCUCAUUCUAAUGACUUGAUGUUAGAGGAAGAGAAGUACUAUGAUGAGGAAGGGAAUGAGCUUAAUGCACGGAACUACUGA